AAACCUCCAUCAACAAUACCGAAGCUAAUCCUUCAAGCGAUUUCCAAAUCCACCAAACCGUCUACCAUGCUCUCCUUAAUCAUAGGUUCAUUACUAGCCUCAAGUCUUUUCAGUAGUCGAUCACGUUACUACUUACGAAUGAUUUCCUUCGUAUUCGGAUUGUUUGUGGGAUCUCUUACGGGUGUGGUUUCGGGUAUCAUCGUCUCACUCGUUAAUCCGGAUUGGAGAAAAAACAUUCAAUGGCUUGUGGCUCGUACGUUUUAUGGUUUGGUUAGUCCUUUGAUUGGUUGGGAAUUCAUCGUUGAAGGUGAAGAGUAUUUAAAUGGUUGUUAUAAUGGUGAAUCUAAUGUAUUAGUUGGAAAUCAUCAAAGUAUGAUUGAUAUUUUUUAUCUUGGAAGGAUUUUUCCUAAAACUUGUGUGGUCAUGUCAAAAAAAGAAAUCAAAUACGUACCACUCUUAGGACAAUUUAUGUCAUUAUCUAAAGCAGUUUUUGUUGAUCGACAUAACCGAUUAACAGCUAUGGAAACUUUUAAACAAGUAGGCUUAGAUAUGAAAAAACACGGCUUAAACCUCUUCAUCUUCCCAGAAGGCACCCGAUCAAAUGCCCAAACCCCAACCCUUCUACCCUUCAAAAAAGGAGCCUUUCAUCUUUCCCUCCAAUCAGGUCUUCCCAUCAUCCCAAUCAUCUGUGAAACAUACUCUACAAUCUAUUCAUCUAAAUCUCAUCGAUUCGAACCUGGGAAAUUGAUUUUAAAAGUCUUGGAACCUAUCAAAACUUCUGGUGUUAAAGAAUUCGAAGGAAAAGAAGGUGUCGAUAGGCUUUGUGAAUUGGUUAGAACACGUAUGUUGGAUGGGUUAAUUGAACUUAGUCAGAGGGAUGGAAGUGUGAGUUCGAGAUGUUUGAAAAGGUCUGGGUCUUGAAACCAAAAGAAGACUUUUAGUUGGAAUUGGAAACACUUUGAAGAAGGUUUAGUUUUUCUUUUUUGGUUCGGUGAAUUUGCUUGAACAAUUUAGUACUAGAGAAACCUAUUUUUAUAAAAUUCUUGAAGUCGGUCUUCUCUUUCUAUUUUUCUUAAUUCUUUUGUUUUGUUAGUUGUUAUGUUUUUGGUAUAAGUGUGUGUGUGUGUGUUUGUGUUUGUGGCAGGGGGAGGAGUAUGGGUAGAUGUUUCUUAUUAUUUUAUAGAUCUAUAGAAAAUAAAUCGUAAUUGUAAGUUUAUAUGGUGUGUGUGUACAAACAUACUUGAUUUGUUGUCUUUGGAGUU